AUGACGUCAGCCCCCUACUUAGCAUUAAGAGUCAUGAACCAACUCGCUAUCGAUGAAGGCGCUUCCUUUCCGUUAGCCAUCUCAGUUCUUGAUCGUCAAAUGUACGUAGACGAUUUUAUUUUCAGUGCCGAUGACAAGGUUCUCGCUCGUCAAACUCGCGAGCAGGUUGUUUCUCUUCUCAAAAAAGGUGGAUUCGUGCUUCGAAAGUGGGCAAGCAACCUGCCUGAACUCCUUGACGAGAUCGACGCUACCGACCACGGUCGAGCUCAGAACCGAGAUUUACGCGAAGAUGAAAGUCUAAAAAUUCUCGGCCUCACUUGGAGACCAGAUCGUGACAUCUUCCAAUUUACUGUAAAAAUUGCCGGUUCGCCCGGCAAUACCAAAAGGAAAAUUUUGUCCGAUAUUGCUAAAUUUUUCGAUCCACUCGGAUGGGCAACGCCAGUUAUUAUUCAUGCCAAAAUUUUAAUGCAACGACUUUGGAUAGCCCAAUGUGAUUGGGACGAAGUCGUUCCGCCGAAGCUGUUUGAGGCCUGGCAGCAGUAUCGCACUCAUCUUCACAAACUUGAAGAGGUGACGAUUCCACGCUGGAUUCAACUCGGCCAUCACGUACUGAAUCGAGAAUUGCACGGAUUCUCGGAUGCCUCUACGAAAGCAUACGCCGCAGCAGUGUACCUUCGCGUCAUCACAGUGGAUGGAAUGGUCUCGGUCAAUCUCCUUGCCGCAAAAUCAAAAGUCGCUCCCGUCAGGACCAUGAGUGUUCCGCGACUCGAGCUAUCGGCAGCUCAAUUACUCGCGCGGCUCAUCGAAUUUCUUCUCGAAUCUCUCGACUUUCGUGACGUAAGCGUUCAUUGUUGGACCGAUUCCACAAUCACCCUUGCUUGGUUGAGCCGACCUUCCACUACCUGGAAGACCUUUGUCGCCAAUAGAGUAGCCGAGAUUCACACGUUACUUCCUAACACUCCAUGGCGUCAUAUCUCGACGAAAGAGAAUCCUGCCGACUGCGCUUCGCGCGGAAUCGCUCCAGACGACCUGGCCACAAACAUUCAAUGGUGGUCAGGUCCAGAAUGGCUUAGACAAUCGUCCGAUUAUUGGCCUAGAUCUAACUCGGAAUUCGAUCAUCACGCGCUAAGCGAACAACGCGAGCAAACACAGUCGCUCACUACUUUCGUUGUAAUACCGUGGGAUCUAGCACAGCGUUAUUCGUCAUGGCACAAGCUCCUCCGAAUAACAGCCUAUCUUUAUAGAUUCAUAAACAAUUCCCGCGCUCGGAAUACCGUCAGCAACUCGACGAUACGACAACCUGGUACUCAAACCUACUUAAAUCCGAUUGAAAUCAAGUCCGCUGAAACAUUCUGGGUUCGUUACAUUCAAUCCAAAAUAUUCCCAUGCGAGAUGUCGUCACUAAACAAGGCGACUCCGAUUAAGAAAUCUAGCCCAUUGCUUUCAUUAAAUCCGUAUCUCGAUCAUGACCAAAUUAUUCGAGUCGGUGGCAGGCUUAGGAACGCCACCUUACAAGAUGACGUUCGUAAUCCGAUUGUCCUAAAGGACCAUCCCCUGGUCAGGAUGAUUAUCACGGACACCCACCGACGAACUCUGCAUGCUGGAUCUCAACUAACAUUAGCUCGUAUUCGCGAGAAAUUUUGGAUAUUACGAGCACGAUCUCUGGUCCGUGCUGUACUCUACAAGUGUGUACCCUGUACACGAGAGAGAGCUCAGAUUCAUACAGAACUUAUGGGCAACCUUCCGAAUGUCAGAGUAAACCGCUCAACUCGAGCAUUUGAACAUAGCGGUGUCGACUAUGCCGGUCCGAUUCUCGUACGAACCUCUAGUGGACGAGGUCAUAAGGCGCACAAAGCCUAUAUUUCCGUUUUCGUAUGUAUGACUACAAAAGCGAUCCAUCUCGAGCUCGUAAGCGACUACACGUCAGAAGCUUUUCUCGCCACAUUCCAUCGUUUCGUCUCUCGUCGCGGAUAUCCUGCAUCGAUUUAUUCAGAUAAUGGAACUACAUUCCAAGGCGCCGAUCGCGAACUUCGGAUCGCAAUUACAAACGCUCUCAAAAAUUCGGAUUUUCAAAAUAUGUUUUCGACCGACGGAGUAAAUGGCAUUUCGUUCCACCUUCCGCGCCCCACUUCGGUGGAUUAUGGGAAGCUGCCGUGCGCAGUGUCAAGUAUCAUUUGA